UUUGAUUCAAAUUACUAUUAACGAUAGUAAAAUUUAAACAAUUUCUUAUAAUGUAGGGGCGAUUUUGACCUUUUCCGAAUAGGAAAAAAAAAUAGUAUUAUUUUCAAUUUCCAAAAACUAGGGUUUUGAGAUCCAUUUUUUGUUGGUCAGAGCAGGAAGCGAUCGCAUCGGAAAAGGGUAAGAAAAUGCUUCUGGCGGUGCUAUUCGCCAAUUCCGAGGGCAACAUCCUCGUCGAACGAUUUAAUGGAGUGCCUGCAGAGGAACGACUGCAUUGGCGGUCUUUCUUAGUUAAGCUGGGUUCGGAGAAUCUCAAAGGGGUCAAGAAUGAAGAACUCCUUGUUGCUUGCCACAAGUCUGUUUACAUCGUAUAUACAAAACUUGGAGAUGUAAGCAUUUAUGUCGUCGGGAAGGAUGAAUAUGAUGAACUUUCUUUGUCUGAAGCAAUCUUUGUUAUAACAUCUGCUCUCAAGGAUGUAUGUGGGAAACCUCCAACAGAGAGGCUUUUCCUGGACAAGUAUGGAAAGAUUUGCUUGUGCUUGGAUGAGAUUGUGUGGACGGGUUUACUGGAGAACAUCGACAAAGAUAGAAUCAAGAGACUAGUUAGGUUGAAACCACCAACUGAUUUCUGAGAGAUAUUUGUAGUCUAUGUUUACUCAAAGCUUCCCCUACCCUACUUAUGGAUUCACACUGGGUAUGUCGCUGUCUCUAGCAGCACAAUGUAUGCCAAGUCACAGUUAUUAUCUUUCAGUUUCUACUGCAUUGUUGUUGGUUAACAAUGACCGUAAAUUGUAUUACUCAUUUUAGUACUAUUAUUUGUUUUCACUUGCCUA